AUGGGUCCUACGCGGCCAUCCUCGUUCGACAACCUCGUGAGCCUGACCAAGAGAGUGUUCCACCGUUCCCUGUACUUUGGAGACGACCGAUCUGAGUCUUCUCUUGCCCUCGAUCUCGGCCAUUCCUACAAAGACCGCGAGUUCGACGCGCUCAAGUGGGGCCCUAUCCUCACUAUCCCUGACGAAGCUGCUCUCGAGGUUGCGCUUGCCUACCGGCGACGCCUCUACCCUGAGCUGGAUGAUACAGAUGAGAAAUUUCCGAUCGCCGAGCCUGGCGACAUCACUGCAACUGUCAAAAUUCAUGCUGAGGGCUUCAACAACCGCGCCUUGAUUAUCCGAUACAGCGAUGGAUGGGACGUCUGUGUGCGCAUACCAGCUUGCGGAUGGGGCCCCAACUGGAGCGAGAUGCAUGCGAAGAAUUUCCUGUCGCAAGCGUGCACCGUCCGAUAUAUCCGCGAGAACAGUCAGAUGCGGAUACCUGACAUGCUGCAUGUAAACAACACCCUAAAGAACGCUAUGAAGGCGCCAUACAUGAUCAUGACGGCAGUCGACGGACGAGAUGCCAGCCAUGUCUGGUUUGAAGACGAGGGGCUGACACCAGCUGGGCUUGAAGCAAAGCGACAGCAUAUCUUGAAGACACUGGCGGAGGGUGUGAGUGCACUACGCCAUCUCAAGUUUGACAAGAUGGGCACUCUGCAUUUUCCAGACGGCUUCCCGAUAUCUUUGGAAAAGCGCAUUUCAACUCCAUACGUCGGCGAAUCUUACAACCGCAACUUUGGCUGGCUCCCAGACAAAACCGGAACGCAUAAGCACGACGCAAUCACUCCUCCCUACGCGACAUCUCAGGAGUGGCUACGAUACCGGCUCGAUCAGUGGUGGAAGGAGACGUGCGCCAAGGACAAGAAAGGAGCCUCCGCCCAAAAGCAUCACGAGCACAAGGGCAUGUACAUGCUCUACGCUAUGAUGUUUGACUACUUUCCGUUCGCGAAGGCCGAUCCUUCCUCCCCUGAGCCCUUUGUCCUCGCUCCACCAGAUUUUGACUGGCAGAAUACUCUUGUUGCUGAUGAUGGCACAGUCACUGCCUUCAUCGACUGGGACCGAGCUGAAACUCUCCCUAUCUAUCUCGGAUGGCCCUGCUACCCGAACUUCCUCAGCGCCGACUGGCGAGUGAUGUACGAGUGGCCAGCGAAAAAUGUCAUGUCGCCAUCCCACCUCGCCAGCUACCGCGAGGACUACGCUAGGUACAUGAAGGAAGCUUGCGGAGCAGAUAGCGACGCGUGGCGCUACACACCCAAGAGUCACUUCUUCAGCGCGAUCGAGUUCGCCAUCGGCGAUGGGAAGCUUAUGGAAGAAGUUCUUUUCAAGAUCCUGGAGUACCUCAUCCCUCGCACCCGCAAGGAUGAGCAUAUCCUGCGACUGGGCACGGAAGGGUAUGUCGAGGCGGAAGAAGAGUGGUUGCGCGCAAAGUUCGAAAAACUUUUCGCUUGCUAG